AUGACAAAGGCGCUGCACUGGCACCCUUCAAGAGCGGCUGAGAGCCGGGAUGCUGUAUCCCAGUCACUUGUCCCAUGGUGGCAGGUGAAGGCGGCGAACACGCAUCCACACCCACCGCCCCGGGAGCGCAAACCGAAAGCGAGGAGCGCAGCAGCGGGACACUCCGUUAUCCUCACCCGCCACGGGCCCCGCCAGGUGUGCUUGGCUCCAUCGCGCCCGCGGCGUCCCGGCGCACGGCUCACCCCGGCUCGACUUCGCCCGCCGGCCCGGGCCCCGGAAGGCGAAGUUUCUCUCCCGCCCGCGGCGGCGGCCGCUCACGCGCCGCCCGGCUCUCCGCGGGUCCCGCAGCCUGCUCCGGGCGGUCGCGGUCACAGGCGCCGGGCCUCGGGCGAGUCGGGGGAGACCGACGGGAGCCGGAGCCGGGACCUGUCACCUCGGGCAGGAAACAAAAGCCGGGUGAGGACGAGCGGGCGCGACCGGCCUCGACUCCGCGAGGGGGAGCGCGGCGGGGGCGGGGAGCGGCUCUCGCGGUCGCCGGACUCCGCGCCUCGCGGAGAGAGCACCGACCCCGCGGGCCGGCGGGGCGCGGAGGGGCCCCGCAGUUGGGCAAGGGGCAUCCGGCGCGCUCGCCUCGAGGCUUCCCCCGCCCCGUUCGCCCCGAGCCUGCCUCUCUGGGGCAGGAGAACCGCGCGUGAGGGGGCGCCGAAGCGGCGCGGCGGCGAUCUGACCGCGAAGGAGGGAAUUCGGUUCCCGGGGCGCCGCGGCCGCCCGCCCCAUCCCUGCGGCCAUGGCGCCGGUACCUGUCGCCGUGGCUGCUCCUUGGCCCCUUCUCUCUCCGCCUCACCCUCGCACUGCUCGGCCCCCAGCCCACCCAGCAGGCCGUCCGCGCGCCGGACGCCGCCGCCCGAGACUGGCAGCGCCCGCGAACCGGCCCGAAUCCCCGGGGCAGCGCCCGGCGCGGUCCCGCCCCCGCCGGCCGCAGGACCCGUCUUCGAUAGGGCCCCGGGGCUGUCAGUCCGCCCCCAAAAGGCGCGCGGGCUGUCGCUCAGCCCGUCCGGAUUGGUGGCCGCGCACCGUCUAUGCAAAUGA